AUGAUCGUUAAGCAUCUUUCGUUGAUUGUUCUGCUGUUUAUCUCGUUGAAUAAACUUGAUGUACUAUCUUUGCCAACAGUUACUUUCGAUGAAUUUUUUAACUACACAACCUUUUCUUCCAUAACUGUUUCACCGAAUAAUGAUCAAUCGAUUCUUAUUCAAACGACACAUCAUGUUUGGGAAGAGAAUAUUAAUGAAGAACAUCUCUAUCUCUUCAAAUUACAAGAUAAUUCGAAAACAUUGAUAACAAAGCAAGCAAGUAGUUUUCAACCACAAUGGAAAGAUAAUCUGAUUGCAUUAAUACUUGCUGAUAGUUCAGCAAAACCAAACCAAACAAAUCAAUCGCAAUAUAUUCAUCUAUAUUCCCUUCGCACUAAUGAAAUGAUUCCGAUUUCGAUUGGUACAGAACAUGUUCAUACAUUUAUUUGGUCAACAACAUCAAUGAGUCUGUAUUUCGCCACUCGUACUCCUCAAUCAACAGAUGCUCGAUCAGCGCAUGAAAACGAAUGGAAAGAUGUGAUCGACUAUCGUGAGCAAUAUCGAGGUGAUACAAUCUAUCGAGCUGAUAUUGAAAACAUGACUAUCGUGAAAAUCGAGCCUUUAGUGAACAUAUCCUAUUCGGUGCAUGAAAUGAUUUGUUCAUCUGAUGGCCGACAGUUAAUCUAUUCAACAGAGCCAGCAUCAUCACAGAUGGAAAACAUAGUAGAUAACGAACUGUAUUCGUUGGAUUUAACUAAACCAUCGCCAUUGAUUCCAGUUCGAUUGACGAAUAAUACUGCAGUGGAAAAAAAUUUAAAAUGGUCAGCGAAUGGAUCGAUAUUUUUUACAGUGAUGUCCGAAGGAUCCGUUGAUGGAGAAUACGAGGAGAUGCAAGGACGGUUGUACAGCUUAAAUCCAAAUAAUGGUCGAAUUCAACAUUGGGCAAGUCAAUUCACCGGAGAAAUAACAAAUUAUGUUCUAUUACAAGGUGAUCGACAGGGUGUUGCAAUUUUAGGUCAAUUGGGCACAGAGGUUCAGGUCUACCACCAACAAUCGAUUGAUGCUGUAAUUAACAAACUGAUGGGAUGGAAUGGAACUUAUGAGAAGAUGGUUACUUUUCCGGGAGAUAACAGUUCAGCGAUUGCAUUUAUUCAUUCGUCUUUUGAGAAACCUCAAGAAGUUUAUUUUGUUGACCGAAUUGAUCAAUUAAAUGCCGCACGACAAAUAACUAAUGAAAAUCAAUUAUUCACUGAAAGAAAUCUUCCCAAAGGAAAACCGUAUCGAUGGACGAAUAAAGACGAUGGAACUGAAAUUGAAGGCAUUCUUUUAUAUCCACCAGACAAAUUUGAACAGAAAAACUUACCAUUAUACGUUCUCAUUCACGGUGGCCCACAUGGUGCCGAUGUUAACACCUUCCAACCCGAUUGGUAUUCUUGCGGACCGAUGAUUGCGACAGAAGGAUGGCUUGUAUUUGAACCAAACUAUCGUGGCUCGACGGGAUAUGGCGAUGAAUUUCUACAAGGCGUACGAUUUCAAAUCGUUUCUCGACCAGCGAGAGAUAUUCUCUUUGGUGUUGAUGCGUUAAUUCACGAUGGAAUUGUAGAUCCAAAACGAUUGACGAUUGGUGGAUACAGUUAUGGUGCUUAUUUAACAAAUUGGAUUAUUACGCAAACAACUCGAUUCAACGCGGCUUUGUCAGGCGCUGGUGCACCGGAACAUGUGGCUGAUUGGGGAUUAACAGAUAUACCUUACACUAGUGUUUAUAUGUUCGGUGGUUAUCCAUGGCAAGUGCCACAUUUGUAUCAAGCAGAAGCAGCAAUCUUUCGCAUGGAUAAAGUUCGUACACCGACACUGAUCAUUGUUCCUGCUAAUGACAUUCGUGUGGCUGCAUCCGAAAAUUAUAUUUUAGAGCGAGCAUUGCAUAGCCGUAAUGUUCCAUCAAAAAUGAUUAUUUUGCCAGGUGAAUCUCAUCUCAUUCCAAAUAAUCCAUGGCAUGGAAAAAUCAAAGUGCGAGAAGAGAUUAAAUGGUUACAAAAAUACGGAGACACCUGCAUACCACCGUGCAGUGAACGCGGAGUUGCACGACGUGGAGCUGCUUGGACAAAUGGAGUAGUUCCAUACGAAUUUGAUUCCGACAUUAUACCCUGGCUGCAAGAACUUGUCAUAUCUGUCAUGCAGAAAAUGGAACGUUUGAUUGCUAUAGAGAAUGUUGCUUGCGUUCAAUUUCGACCGAAACUUCCUAACGACCAAUAUUAUAUUCAAAUUGUUCAAGGGUUGGACUGUUUUUCCUAUGUUGGACAAGGACACUCACCGCACGUGGUUUCAUUAUUUUAUCCCGAUUAUUUUAGUUUCUAUCAUGAGCAAUCAAGACCUGAUCGUGAUAAUUAUAUUCGAGUUCUCUAUGAAAAUAUAGCAUUUGCAAAUCGACACAAUUUUGACAAAUAUAAUGACACAUUUGUGGAUACUUUGAAUACAUCAUAUGAUUAUUCAUCUAUAAUGCAUUAUGAAAGAGAUGCAUUUUCUUGGAAUCGUCUUCCAACCAUCGAACCAUUACAAGCGAAUGUCACCAUUGGUCAACGUGAUAUUAUGAGUUCAACUGAUAUUCGCGAAGUUCGAUUAUUAUACAACUGCUCAGCUAUUGGUGUGAUACUACCUGAAAUAACUACUACCACACCACAAAAUCAAUAUUCAGUAAAUACAACUGUACUAUCAGCAUGGACAACAAACAGUCGAAAGUAUAUUCGUCACAGUGCUUCGACAACACACACUUACUAUGAAGCAUAUCGAGUUACUGUACCAAUCAACGGCUCCUAUAUAUUUACAAGUAGCAGUAAAGUUGAUACUUAUGGCUAUUUGUAUUCGGAUAGUUUCUCUCCUGUCGAUACCAGACAGAAUUUGAUUACAGAAGAUGACGAUAAUGGUGGUAACAGCCAAUUCCGAUUUGAAACUACUCUUGAACCCAAUCGCACAUAUAUUCUGGUUGCUACAACAUAUCGAGAAAAUACCACUGGAGAAUAUCGUCUGAUUAUUUCUGGUUUAGCAAGUGUGAAUAUUACUCUCGUUGACGAUGCAUCGACAACACUUGUUUCUAGUGCCACAACUAAUGAAUAUGCUACAGCAUCUUCAAAAAAUGUUUUAUCAUGUUAUGAUGGUGAAUUAACUACGGACCUUGUGAUAUAUAAUCGAGAAAACAUCUUCGGCAUCUAUUACUACAACGCAAUUCAAAUCAAUGUGCCCAUGAGUGAUAACUAUGUUCUCAUAAGUUCUAGCGUAGUCGAUACUUACGGUUAUCUGUACAUGAAUUCUUUCACUCCACACAAUAUGUCUUCCAAUCUCCUUGCCAAAGAUGAUAACAAUGCCGGUAAUAAACAGUUCUCAAUAUCAUAUAAACUAUAUUCCAGUAUCACUUAUAUUUUAAUUACUACGACGUACAAUUCUAAUGUGACGGGGAAUUUUCGCAUAGAAGUACGUGGUCCUGCUGAAGUUACCUUUAGUGCUCUCAAGCAAAGUUCUUCGACUACUCGACCCACAUCAUCUCCAAGUACUAGUCGUGGUGAGUCUUCUUGUUAG